UCAAUCUCUCUCUCUCUCUGUCUCGCUCUCGCUCUCUCUCUUCAGUGGCAUUUCCAUUUCUCUCUCUUUUUUUUUCCCUUUCUCUUUGAUUCUACAUGGCCUCUAUGCCAUCUGAAAGUUGGGACUCCAUCGUCGAGGAUGUCCCAGUGAUCGACGGUUCCCUCCUCAUGGACCUAUUGGAAGAGUCACAAGUAGAUGAAACUGAGGAUGAACGGCUAGGAUGCGUGAUCAGAUCCCUUGAAGCUGAGAUCGACGGUAGUGGUCCAAUCACAGCCGAGUGUGGAUUAGAGAGCGCAGGAUCGGAGGACGGUCAAGAUUGGUCGAGAUCGACGAGCCAAAUUGAUGAUCCAUUUGAUUGGGUCGACAUGGAUAUGGUCUCUGGGUCCCACUGCGGUGACAUUGGCAAUUGGUACUUGGACACGUGUACGGAUGAGAUUGGGAUGGCUGGAUUUGGUGAUGUGAGAGAUUACUCUCACUUAUACUAUGGAGAUUACCCUAUGGAGCAAGUGUACAGUCCCCUCUGGCAAGAGACGUACGAUUCCCCGAUGGACGGCUAAGGUGUCACCACGUGUACAUGCACGUCAAUAGAUGUGCUCCUAGCCAUUGGAUGUAUGUGGGUGCAAUUUAAAAAAAUCUUGACCCUAGAUUCGAGCAUGGUUUAUAGAUUUGCUUUUACAACCAUUUUGUAUUUAUAUUUUUUUAAGGUGAAAGAAAUAUGAAGAACCAUAAAUUGCCAAUGCACA